AUGAAAAAUUAUAACCAAGCUUUAAUUACAGAAGAGUAGAUUAUUUCUCCUGUUUAAAUCAACUGUUAGAAUAAAUGCUUUUUGUUUUGGUAAUAGUAGGAGGAAAUUUAGUUUAUCUUUAUUUUUGAUUUCUAUAAUUAUUUAGUAAUAACCCCUUUUCUGUCAAUAAGGCAAUAAUUGGAUAGACGAUGA